AUUGAGAAAUUACAGUACCUUUCCAGGUGCAUUUUCAGAAUGAGAGGUAAAUACAGUUGUCUUCUAUUGAUCCCAUUCACAUUGGGAGCAACUAUACCCCACAUUCCACUUCCGAAUGGUUUGAUACCAGUUCUUGACGGUAGAAUAGUAGGAGGAAGUGAUACAUCGGUUGAAAAAUUUCCUCAUCAAGUAUCCUUGAGGUCAUUUGAUUACCAUCGUUGUGGAGGGUCCAUCAUUCGAGCGAAGGCGAUACUUACAGCGGGCCAUUGUGUAAGCGGAUAUACAACAACCUAUCUAUCGGUCGUGGCAGGAUCAUCGUUUCGGGACGGCCAAGGCCCUAAAGAUACAAUCAAGAAUUUCGUAGUCCAUGAAGGAUUUGAUCCUUUCAAAUACUACGAUGAUGUCGCCAUAUUAUUCCUCAACAUCGGCUUCGAAUUUAAUGAUGUGAUCCAACCCAUAUCGAUGGCUAAACUUAAUGAGGUACCACCAGCUGGUACUAAGGCUUACGUUACAGGAUGGGGUGUGUUGAAAGAAAGCGGCUCCCAACCGGAGGUCCUGCAAGUAGUGGCCGUUUCUAUAGUGACCAAUUCAGAUUGUGCUGAAGCUUAUGGUGACAAAAAUAAUGUGACCGAGCAUAUGCUUUGCGCCGGGGAACCAUUUGGAGGACGAGAUGCGUGUCAAGGAGAUUCUGGAGGACCAUUGAUUAUAGGAAGCAAGCAGUAUGGAGUGGUUUCUUGGGGGAUUGGAUGUGCGCGAUCUGAAUAUCCUGGAGUUUAUGCUAAUAUAGGCACCUUGAGAGAUUGGAUUGACCAACGGUUGGAUGAAUUUCUAGGGAAAGAAUGAAACUUGAUUGUGUAUCGUAAAAUAAUAAAUGUAUUCCUUUCAAUAA